AUGAUGAAGGUACCGCCAGUUUGUUCCAUAAAUUCAUCAAGUCCACGAAAGUCUUCAUAUGAAGAUAUCUCUGUGCCGCGAUGUUUUAGAUGCCAGAAGCAUUUUCAUAAGAAUAGUGAUUGCUCCAAUAAGAUCACAUGUGAAAUCUGUGCCGACGAACACGACUUCAAGGAGUGUCCACAGAUCAGGAAGCAGUGCGUUAAUUGUAUUAAAGCAAAAUCUAAAUACAAUGUAAAUCAUAAUAUUGGAUACACAGCAAAUGACCCACUCUGUCUUUCGCUCCAAUAUCUGUUACAGAUUCAGAAAAGCAAAAUAGUGAUGGCCUGUGAACAGCAAGAAACUAGUAUAAUGAAUGAACUGGACCAAUUACAAACUGAUAUUCAAGUGGAGGCUAUUGACUUUAAUUUGCUUCAUAAUAGACUUUGCACAAAUAAUCAAGUAUUUAACGUGUUGCACCUGAACAUACGCAGCAUUCGCAAAAACCUCAAUGAUUUCUUGGCCUGGAUUCAAUCCUACAAACUCAAUUUCUGCAACAUUAUUGUUUUGAGCGAAUGCUGGCGUGGCGCUCGUUUAGAUCAUAUUUUUGUAAGGAGAAAACUAAAUUUCAAAUCACUGAAAUAUUCCGCUUUUGUUCUUGACUCAGCCAUCACAGAUCAUUAUCCUGUAAUGCUCAACAUCAGUAGAGACGAUGAUAACUCUCACAUUUUUUAUACUAUCAAAUUCUGA